AACUUUUUAGUCCCUGUGUAAUAAGUUUGUGAAUUUAGUAAUGUAACUUUGAUACUAUGGAUAGUUGUGCAGCUCAAAAGGGUUUGGAAUCUACUGAAAAGUUGUAUGAAAACUUUCAAGUUCUUCUUCAAUCACUUGGGUUUGAGAGAUUGUUAAGCAAAGUUGAAGCAGAAGAUCAAAAUUGCAUUCCAGAAAAAUAUGAAAAAACAAAUCAAAUUGUUUCAGAACUUUUAAUGUCUAUGAAGGACCAUUUAAGAGAAAUUAGAACCUGCUACAAUACUUGUCGUCAAGAAAUGCUGAAUCAUGGUCAUUUACUAAACAUCAAUAAAUUCAAAAUGGAUGCCAAAGUUCCUAAAAAUACAUCACUUGAAAAGUCGAAAUCUGUUGAAUAUGAAAACUUGCUUCAGGAUCUUCAAGAAAAGAAUAAAAAGCUAGAAGAAAUGAUUCACCAAAUGCAAGAUAUAUCAUCAAUUAUAAACCAACUUAUUUCUGGCACUUGAUUUUUUUACGAAUUUAGAAGUAGAAUAGAUAUUACUUAAUUAAGCAAUUAUAAAA